UUCGUUUUAUUUUGUUUAAUAUUUGUACAGAUAUAUUUUUUCUUCAUUCGGUCAGCGACCGUCGUUCGUGUAGUAACAUAGUAGAUCCGCGUAUCGGCGUCCGAUUUGCUUCCUCUAUUUCGGAGGGCCGUUGUAGGAAACGUACGAAACCGUCCGUGUGUCCGCCGUGUGUAUUUAGGAUCCCACGAGAGCGCGGUGCAGUGUUUUUGCUCUCACGCGACCCCGGUGCAUCCAGAAUUGCAUAUGUGCUCCUCGGAGGACGAAAGCCUCCUUCCACGCGCGUGUGUCCUCGCGGCGCCGCGAGUUUUUGGUCGGGAUAACUUCCAGGAUUCCAUCAGAGUUGGCGGAAAGUGAAUGAGGCAGUAGUGCAACACGUUAAUCAACUGUCAAAGCGGAUGAUGCAGUGCGCGCAGAUCAAUCAAAUUUCAUGACAUACUUGGAUUUCAUCACGGUGCCAGUAGAAUGUGAGAAAGUGACAUAACUUGUUAGAAGAAAAGAAGGUUACAGCCAGUGCAGUGUUACAACAAAGUGGUGCUAAACAAAUUUCACUUCAAAUGCAGCAACAGCUAUAUUGACGGGUGGUAUUUACUCCGAAGAUCAAUCGCAAUACAGCGGCCUGGAUUAAAAAUAUACGCAUAUGUAGAAGAACGUGAAGCGAAUAAUACAUGCAUGGCAUAUGUGUUGUGUAUGGUAAACAGAAGUGGUGUAAUCAAAGAUAGAUCGUUGAAUAACAAAUGAGGAGGAAAAUACAUACGAAAUGAUUGAUGGAAUGAGAUUUAAGUGAAUCAUUUGUGUAACAGUGCAUUGCAGUCUCUUGUGAAGAUACUCCAGUUUCUUGCAACAGACUUACCUCCGGAUUUACCAUACGGAAAGUGAAAUUUUAGUCAACAGCAACGCCGCAGACCCGUUGUCUAAUUGUUCUACUUACCACCUCGUGUAGUGAACCUUCCCACUCACUCCAACGCAGCAAUCAGUAGUGGUACUAUAUUUGUCAGUAGUGUGCAGUGCUGCAGCAGCUUCCGAAAGUGGUUCACGAAAACAGCUGAAAAUAAAAGAAAUCAAAAUUAACCUAGAAUAAUAAAGUGACGUGCCAAACACGACCGGUAACACGAGCCCGCUCGGUGCGCGAGAGAAGAAAAAAAAGCAAAGUGAGAAAAAAGUUUUCGAAACAGCAAAAAAAAAGGAGGAAAAAUAUCGCCGCUCUUCCUGGUUUGUGCAACGCGGCGACAGAGUGCAGCGGCGCUUCCUCUCCUCGCUCUGUGUGGUGACUUCAACGCUAGUGUUGAAAGUUAAUCGUGCAUAAAAAGAAAAUAAGUAAUUAUCCUUUUAAAUAAGAAAAUUGAGGCGCAAAAAAGGAGAGGAGAGAAGAGCACACCGACGGAGGAAAGGAAAAAGAAAAGAUGCUCAUCCAAGUUGAAAAUUGGGAAACAGAGAAGAAGAAAAUAAUCGAUGUGCUACAAUUAUAAGUGAGAUAAUUCCGUUGUUUUCUUUCUCUUGUAUUUCCUCUUCUGCCUGCCUGGCUGCCCGCCUGCUUGGAUCCACCACCGAUCUCUCGGUGUCUAUCGGUGGCACGCCAACAACAACAACAAACUGCUCCAUCGUUUCGGUUGUCGUACGUAACCACCACCGGAGGGUUUUAAUUUUUUUUUCUGUGUGCCGUUACUAUGGAGACUAGUUAUAACAGUGGAACCGGAGAAUUCGACGUAAAUAUGUUCGAUCAGUACAUUUACAAGCGUAACGAGUCAAAUCUCGACGUAUCACUCUCAGUUCCACACUAUAACGGCCAACACGGACAGCAUUACAACAUGAAUGAUCACGCCUUUCAUGCGCCAUCGUUUGGCGACGAGGAGUUUGACAUGCCUACAAUGAACUCACAUCUUCAUCCUCAACAGCAGCAACAACACCAGCAGCAGCAGCAACAACAACAGCAACAGCAGCAGCAUCCACAUCAAAUGGAACAGCACCAGUAUCAAAUGCACAAUAAUGGCCAACCACCGCCCCAUAUGGGAAUGUUAAAUGACCAACAACAGCAGCCACAACAGCAACAGCAGCAGCAGCAACAACAACAGCAACAAUACAAUCAAUGGCAUCAGGAAUCACAUUUAACUCACCACAGUCCAUACGCAAUGCCGUCGCCAAAUCAGCCCACAUAUCACCAGCUGAACAGCCCUAGUCCAAAUAAUCCGAAUGCAACCUUGCACGUGAUGCAACCACCGCAGCAGUCGCCUCAAAUCCCACCACAGAUGUCACCGCAGCUGGGCUCCGGUGCGCCCGUCGGGACAGGUCCCGGCGGCUACAUGGGCCGGUCCCCUCCCCAACCAGGAGGCGGCGGCGGAGGCCAUCACCUGAACAAUAACGAACCGGGCACCACCAGCGAGGACAGCGACGAUGCCAUUCCGGCUAACACGCUGAAACGGCCGUCGCCGGAACCGGUGUACGACGGGGAUUCGAACAACUCGAAAACAUCCGCAGCUGCGUCGCUGGCGAAGAAACCAAAGGUAGCCAAAAAGAAGAAGAAACGGGACCCCAACGAGCCGCAAAAACCCGUCUCCGCGUAUGCACUGUUCUUCCGUGACACUCAAGCUGCCAUCAAGGGUCAAUCGCCGAACGCGUCCUUCGGAGAGGUGUCCAAAAUCGUUGCAUCCAUGUGGGAUGUGUUAGCGACAGAGCACAAAAACGUGUACAAGAAGAAAACCGAGGCUGCCAAAAAGGAAUACCUGAAAGCAUUAGCGGCGUACCGAGCGAGUUUAGUGUCCAAGGGCACGGAAGGAGAUCCACCCCAGCAGCAGCAGCAAUCGUCCCAACAGCAGCAGCAGCAGCAUCAGCCAAUGUACUCACCGCCCCCACCGCCCCAGCAACAUUCCGGCCAGCAGCAGAGCAACCAUCUGGUGAAUCAUUCGCAACCGUCGCCCCAGCAUGGACAACCGGUUCCCCAGGUGAGCCCCCACAUGCCGAUGCCGGGCCAGGGAGGUCAGAUGCCGCCGCAGCCCAACAGCUACCCACCGCCGUACGCCUCACCGUACAAAUCGCCCCAACAGACCAUGAUGCAAAUGCAACCGCAUCUUCAACAUCACAGUCAACCACCGAUGCAUCCGGGCCAAGCUCAACCUCAGCCGCCACCCCACCACAUGCAGAUGAAUCCGAUGGCAGCAGCCGCCCAGCAACAGCAGCAAAUGAUGGUCCAGCAGCAGCAGCAGCAGAUGGGAAUGUCGCCGCAACAGCAGCAGCAACAACAACAAAUGCAGCAAAACCACCUUACCAAUGCAAACAUGAACGGAAUGAUGAACAUGGGCAUGACACCACCGCAAUCACACUACAUGAAUCAACAGUAUUCUUCGCACCUGACAGAUGUCACACAGUCAGCAACAAGGACAACAGCACCCUCAGCAUCCUGGUCAUCCGAUGCAGCAGCAGCAACCGGGUGGUCACAUGAGCCCCCACCAGGUUGCCCCUCCUCUGUCCGGCAGCCCUCCGCAGCAGAACGUCACUCCCCAGCAAUGUAUCCGGCACGGAUGUCAGAACCCGGCGAUCGUCAAUUCCGACUGGGAGGAUGAGUACUGCAGUAACGAAUGCGUCAUCACACACUGCCGGGACGUCUUCGGCAACUGGGUUCAAACCAAUAACUCACAACAGCAAACCUACUCGGCUGUUAAGUAAGCAGUUGGUCAUCGAUCGGUCAAGAAGGCAACCACAAAAGGAGGAAAACGUUAGGGUGCAAUCGUAAGAGAGGCUCCCAUUCAAAGCGUAACUAUACAUAACUAUAAUCGAUUCGUAAUUAAUUGUUAUUACUAAAAAAAAACAAACCAACAAAAUUACACACUUUUUACAUUGAUACAACUUUUAAACUAUAAGAAAUUAACACACACUGUAGCUAAUAAGACGUAAACAAUAAAAGAAACAAAAUAUUCAUAUGAAUUGAAUUCAGCAGAAAACUAUAGUAAUAAAUCGAUAAACAAAAGUAAAACGUGAAACCAACACGACACAGAAAAGACAGCCAAAAGUUGCAAUUACGUUUAAUGGAUUCAUUCACAAAGCAAAAGGAAAACUCGUUAAGCAAUUUCUAAUCGUACGUCCCUUGUUUUUGUUUUUAUACAUUUAUAUGCAUAUUUGUGUAAAUACUUUCAAACUUAUUUCUUCCCAAUGAGAAGCAAAUGCAAAAAGAAACAUACGGAGAGUAAAAAUACAGAAACAUAACCGCGAGGCUGUAUAUUGUUAUUCCUCUUCUUAAUUUAUCUCGAUGAACGUUGUUUUCGAUUAGUUUUGUAAAGUAAAAAUCAGAGUACGAUCACAAUAUAGGCAAAUAACUAAUGAAAUAAGUAGUUGUCGUUACUGAGAAAAACAAAAACCCUACAAAUAAAUUACAUUGUAGCAUAGGUAAAACUCACACCCCAACAUUCAAACCAAGCAAAAAUGAAGAACAAACACACAUUACUAAUAUAAUGGAAAUUGAAAGAGUAAACCUCUCGGUUUACAAGAAAUUGGAGUGUUAAGUGAAUAGAAAAAAAUCACUACUACCAGGGCGUAUUAUGUAUUAGAACAGACGACGACGUCCUAACGUCGAGUGGUGCAACGUCUUGUUCAAAAUUUCAGUGCAAGCCAUCCCUCAUGGAUCAUCUCAUCCCAUCAGCAGUAAUCGUUACACACACAAAAAAAAACAUUACUUUGUCAAAGAAAACAGCCUCGUUUUGAGACAGAUCAAAUAGCAAAAUCUCACUCAUCGAAUCAGUGUUCCAUGAUGAAAGCCUCCUAUGUCUGUGGUUUGGUUGGCUGUAUGUACUAAUCAGUACUAGUACAUACAUACACGUACUGGUACUCAGCAAUAGCCAGUGACAAAAGUACUAAGAAAACACAUGGCAAGGGCACUAGCAAAGAGACGGAAACCAGCAUACAUACUAAUAAAAAUACUAUUUUGUAGAAAGUUA